CGGGCGGAAGUCGGGAGGUUCGGUGCUCCGAAGACGCUGGCUUGUGACACAGAGGCGGGAGAAGGAAGGCCUGCUGGAAGGUUGCCUCUCCAUCCCUUCGGUCCCGAGAACCCUUGGGAAAAAAAACAACACCCGGUCCGCGGCAAGCCCCUUCCCCCAGGCUCUCUCCGCUCGAUUUCGCCACCGUUAUGUGGGAAGCGAAUCCGGAGAUGUUUCAUAAAGCCGAAGAAUUCCUACCCAAAACAGCAGGUGGUGAGAUGGACGAGAUGGACACAUCAGAUACCCAGUGGGGCUGGUUUUACUUGGCAGAAUGUGGAAAGUGGCACAUGUUUCAGCCGGAUACCAACAUUCAGUGUUCAGUUAGCAGUGAAGAUAUCGAACAAAGCUUCAAAACAAAUCCUUGUGGCUCCAUUUCUUUUACUACUUCCAAAUUCAGCUACAAGAUAGACUUUGCAGAAAUGAAGCAAGUGAAUCUCACUACUGGAAAACAGCGCUUAAUAAAAAGAGCCCCCUUUUCUAUCAGUGCUUUCAGUUAUAUCUGUGAAAAUGAGUCUAUCCCCAUGCCACCACAUUGGGAGAAUGUGAAUACUGACGUGCCCUAUCAGCUUGUUCCUUUGCACAAUCAAACACAUGAAUAUAAUGAAGUCGCUAGUCUCUUUGGGAAAACAAUGGAUCGCAACAGAAUUAAAAGAAUCCAGAGAAUUCAAAACCUAGACUUGUGGGAGUUCUUUUGCAGGAAAAAGGCUCAGCUCAAAAAAAAAAGCGGUGUGCCUCAGAUUAAUGAACAAAUGCUAUUUCAUGGUACCAGCAGUGAAUUUGUGGAAGCAAUUUGCAUUCAUAACUUUGAUUGGAGGAUAAACGGUAUACAUGGUGCUAUCUUUGGAAAAGGAACCUAUUUUGCUAGAGAUGCUGCUUACUCCAGUCGCUUCUGCAAAGAUGACAUAAAACAUGGAAACACCUUCCAAAUUCAUGGUGUAAGCCUGCAAAACCGACAUCUAUUUAGAACAUAUAAGUCUAUGUUUCUUGCUCGAGUGCUGAUUGGAGAUUAUAUAAAUGGAGACUCCAAAUACAUGCGACCUCCUUCCAAAGAUGGUAGCUAUGUGAAUUUGUAUGACAGCUGUGUGGACGACACCUGGAAUCCAAAGAUCUUUGUGGUGUUUGAUGCCAACCAGAUCUAUCCUGAGUACUUAAUAGACUUUCAUUGAUCCGACUCACAAAUCUCAGUGGUCAAGGAAGUUUAUUCUUUCUAGCAGGAAGAUUUGCUCUCUUGUCAUCUAGCCACUAAUGUUAAUUAUCUGACACUUUUGAAACAGAUAUGAAAAAAAAGUGGACUCCAUAUAAAAAGACAUACUGACUUUAAGAUUGGUUUUAUUGUUGUUUUGUUUCUGCUAGUUGUUCACCAUCUUGUUUGUUAAAGAUGGACACCAUUGCCAUUUUAACACCUCGCGGUAAAAGAUACCACUCAAAAAUGAAUCAGCGGAGUCUCAGUUAGCAUGGUCAUGUAGAGUUUUUAAAGUUUCUGUGUGUGUUACUAGGGUGAACGUUUUCAGUUGAGAUAGACUUAUACCUAUAUAUAUGUCCAGAAAAUAAAUUAUAGACAUAAACUUGUUCCUUCAGAGGAACUGAACCUUUGUAAAAUUGAAUUCUGAUGUUACUGUCCACCAAUCGACAUGUUGCUUUGUUGGUCUUCUGAAACCCUGAAGCAGCCUGAGUGUUCUUGAGAGAAGUAGGAAAUAAGAAAAUUAUCUGCAGUCCUGCCAGACAAGCCGGAAGGAGAAAAUCAAGGCAGAGUGCCCUGCUUCUGACUGCCCGGAUAGCAGGCUGCGUCUCAGAUUGCUCCUGUCCCUCUGCUGUCUCCUGCGUCCGAACCGACAAACUCCACAGCUGUCAUUAGCCUGCAGUUCGUCCACUGAAGUUCUGGAUUUCUUGUACUGAGACUUGCUGCACAAGGUGUUCAUUGCAGCUUUAAAGCAAAACUUUUAUUUAUUAUUUAAAGCACAUCUUCCUUUUGUUUUGGGGUUCUUACAAUGAUUACUUCUAAGAUAUUUUUAUCUGCUUCCCCAUCACCACACACACACACACACACACACACACACACACACAGCUAUUCAACAGGGAUUUAUAAAAUUCACUUCGGAAUUUAUUUCCCCUUUUUGAAUCAUUGGAUGCGUGGAAGAAAUCUGGUUUAUUCCUUUCAGUAGCAAUUGACAAUCUGCUAACUCUCUUGAAAAGUUAGACAAAAUUCAUCAUCAUGUUUAAUGGAAGUUUGUUUCCCUGUUCUUUCUGUUUUGCUGUCCGAUUCUUGAAGUAAUGUUGCAACAGCUUCCUGCCCUAAAGGUAUUCAGGCAGACGCCAGACAACUGCAGUAGACAGUGUAAGAAAGAACUAUUUGAGAAUUUACUGUUAACUCUCCUUUUAUAAGAAAGCCAAUUGAGAUCAUUUUUAAUGUGACAGUAUUGAGUUAAUUGACACUAUAAUUCAGGUUGUUUUUGUUUGUUUGUUUGUUUUGUAUUGAUCAGUAGAUUGAGUUGAGAAUCAUGGUAUCAAUAUGUUAUACAUGCUGGUCUGGACCCAUCCAUUUGUCACCUUUUCUUCUUGUCAUCACAUAGUAUGGGUGGGCGAGGGAAGAGAAGCCACUCCAGGUUAAAGAAUCAGUGAUUUAAAAUAUUUCACAUUGGAUGAAUUCCAGCUGAUAGUGACCUUUCUUUUUCACUUUGGCGAUAACAGCCUCAGGGUAAAAAAAAAAAUGUUUUUACAAAGAAAGUUCCAUUAAUCUUGCUGUUAUGAGCAGGAAGGUUUUUGUACUAGUGUGACUUUCAUCUCUACACUAUGGUGAUGAUGGUGAAGAAUUUGGAGCCCUUUUGCUAUGUGAGAAUACUGUUUUUACAUGUGAUGAUUAAAGCUCUCCAUCGCAGGU